UGGGUGGUCUGCUGCUGGCUGGUGUGCUGUUGGUGGGUGGGGCUGAGCUUCUUGGCAGCGGCCUUGGCAGCUUUCUUCUGCAAAACGGUACCGCCCAGCACAGCGCAAAGUAUCACGUGUUGGCGUGUCUAGCUAGAUGUGCGCAUGAUGUUGGUACCUUCUGCAGGUGCUCAAUGUACUCGUCUUGCCUCACGCAAAACUUCCGCCCCUCCUGAGUGCCGCGCAUGGACUCCAUCCACUGGGCGAACUCCUGCAGUGAGGAAACAAACAAAUGAAUGUCGUCGAUGCCCCUGAGCCAUUGCGCAAUGCUGCAUGCGCCUCCCUGCCCUCCUCACCUCAGGGUGGUCCUGCUCGAACCGAAGGACCUUCUUGGUGAAGGCGCGGCGGUCAUCGGCAUACACAUCGGGCAACUCCUCCUGCACAUAAUAGCCCGGACUGGGCUGCGGCUUCGGUGCCUCCGUCUGUGGGGGGGAGGGGUGGGGGAAGGCGGUGGUAUGGCUGCGGCAUGGUGAUGGUGGGGCCACACAUGGUGGGUGGGGUCCUGUGUGGCCUGCUGCUGCGUGUGCUUCUGCUGCUGGCGGGUGGUGCUGGCAGUGGCAUCCUUGGCGGCCUUGGCGGCCUUCUGCAAAACGGCACAGCACAGCACAGCACAGCGUGUCAGGUGCUGGGUGUGUGGCUGGAUGUGCGCCUGAUGUUGGUACCCUCUCAUGUCGCUGAAGGUUCUCGAGUUGCGUCACGCCAACGUCCCUCCCCUCCUGACUGCCGCGCAGCGAGCCCAUCCACUGGGCGAACUCCUGCAGUGAGAGAACAAAACGAAUGAAUGUCGUCGAUGCCCCUGGUGCCAU